AUGACUGUGUUCGCGCGCAGGCGUCGGAUUCAAACCCUUGUCGCCACCGUUCUUCUCCUCUUUGUCGUUUCCAGACUCUACCCGCUCAGCGGCGAUGCCGACAGCAGUUCUUACCAUUUCGGGUGGCAUCCCCACGGCAAAGGCAGGCCCGCGCUCGCUCUCCCACCCGACUAUGACCCAUAUCUCGAACCCGCCGUCUCGCAGUCGGAGUAUUGUAACGAGCGGUUCACCCCGAAAUACCUCGAUGAUUUCCGCACACACGCCAUCCAGUAUUGCGCGGCGGGGUCGACCGCUAGCCUGCGCUGUUUCCAAGGCCACAGCCGCGACGAAGGUGCGGUCGACUCGCUUUGCAUCGGACAAGGCGCCACGCUGGACCUGGCACUCGGGCAGUUUACCCUGGAUUGUGAACUGCGAAACCCCGACAAGAACGAGACGAACCGCGGGCUGAUACCGUUUGACCAAAUCAAGCCGGAGUGGUACGAAAGCGGCCCCCGCUGGAUUUUCGACCAUCAUCUCAAGGUCCAGCGCGGCCCGUCGGACGGGGCGACGACCCGGUCGGCGAGCGAAGGCCGUCCCGGAAACCCGCAGUUCGCGCUUCUUGUCAAGCGGGAGUGCAACAGCAACAUCUGGCACUGCCUGAUGGAGAUCUGGACCAUGAUGUUGACCUUCGACCUGUUGCGCACCACCCCGGAUCCGUCCCGCCAAGGCGCCGCCUUCUUUUCCGACGUCGCGGACCUCACCAACACCCAAGCCAUCGUGCUCGAUGACCUGUCGGACGGCCACCUGAUGGAUCUCUGGACCAUCUUCACCGGCCGGCCCCCCGUCCGCUUGGCGGACAUCCUAGACGACCCCGAGCAGGCGCGCGCCUUCGCCGAGGUCCCGCGCAACGUCAUCGUACCCCUCGCCGGGGCCGCCAACCCGCUCUGGCAGAACGACUGGGUCGACCACGACUGCGGGCACGCGCCCACGCUCAGGACGUUCGUGCGCCGCGUCGAGGCCUUCUACGGGAUCUCGGCGGAGGAGGGGGAGCGGGAGGGGGACAGCCCCAUCACGCUCACCUUUGUCAACCGCACCGGAAGCCGCAAGCUGGCGGACCAGGAAGCGCUGCUGGCGGCCGUCGCGGCAAAGCACCCGCACGUGCGCAUCCAGUCGGUCGAUUUCGCGACGCUCUCAUUCCCCGAGCAGAUCCGGGUGGCGCGCGCGACGGACGUGCUGCUGGGCGUGCACGGCGCGGGGCUCACGCACACCAUGUUCAUGCGGGACGGGCGCGGGGCCGUCGUGGAGAUCCGGCCCGCGACCAACGACUACCGCGGAUUCCGGAACUUGGCCUUCAUGAAGGGCCUGCACUACUUCACCGCGCUGGUGGAGCAGAUCCCGGCCCGGGGCAAGGUCGUCAAGCGGGAUUCGUGGCACUGGGAUGACGUUAGGAUAGGGCUGGAUGAAUUUAUGGGGCUCGUGGACGCCGCCAUCGCAGCGGUGUCCCAUUAG